AUGGCCCGGCUCCGGCCCCCUCAGCCGGCGCGGCGCAGCGCAGCGCGGCCUAGCUCCCGGCGCAUCCGCCCCUUCCGGGUUACGUCACGGCCCCGCCCGGCAACUGCUCCUCCCGGCGGAAGUGCGUGCAGCGACUUCCCCCUGGCUGGGCGCUCUAGCCCUCUACGGCCGCUCGAAGGGCCUCGGGGUCUCUUGGAGGACCUCGGAGCUGUCAGUCAGGCGGCCACCUGGCCAGCCAUUUUCUCCGUGGACGCUUAUAGCUACGAUUGCGGCAUGAAGUACUGGGCGUCUAGUGACCAAGUCUUGUCCUGUAUCUUGCGUCCGCUCACCAACGACCAGACCACCAGGUCCGCCGCCUUGCGCACAGAUCAAACCGAACCAGUUCUUGGCCCGCCCCGCCGGGCGGCGGUAGACGUGAGCGCCCUGGCGCGGAGCCGGAUGGUUCGGACCCCGGGGCUGGGGGCUCCUGGGCGCGGGCGGCUGCUCGGGGUGCUACUGUUUCUGCUCCUGCUGCCGCCGCCCGCGGGCUCCUGGUACAAGCACGUGGCGAGUCCCCGCUACCACACAGUGGGCCGCGCGGCCGGUCUGCUCAUGGGGCUGCGCCGCUCGCCCUACCUGUGGCGCCGCGCGCUGCGCCCGGCCGCAGAUCCCCCCGCCUGGAACACCCUGGCUCUUCGGCCCGCAGCCCGCAACGCUCUCCACCUGCUUCCCUCGGAGGUGCAGGAGCUGUGGGAGGUGCGACUCCAGAGCCCCAAAACAGGUCUCCCGAUCCGUGCCCUUCGGAGUCUGCCCACCCCGGAGCUCGAGCAGAGGCUGGGCAUCCAUUCCUGGACCUCAGCGGUGUCAGCCAGAGCCUUUGGAGAGCAGUCUUCGUCUUUGACCCAGCCAAGGUCCCUGGAGCAAAUGGCCUUCACCAGUCCUGCUUGGCUCCAGGACCACCCUGAGAACGUUAACUGCCUGCGUCAGCCCUGCGCAUGAACCAGGAGCUGUUGGUGCCUCUAGGGUGUGCAACUUCCUGCUCUGGCCCAUGCCUGGUAUUUUGGUCAAUAA